AUGGAUUCGAUGCCAUUUCAGCGUCGCUUCCAGGAGUUCUGGCUCGCUGAUCUCGGACCCGAGACUCGCCAGAAGCGCACCAUCGUUCUAGCCUUCGAAGAGUCGCACGAUCUCUAUGUGAACUGCCUCAAGUUGCUGGCUCAGACCAGCUGUGUCGACUUUCCAGACGGCAUGACGGAGACCGAUGUCGCUCAACUCGAAGAUCUCGUCAACCUGCUUGCUUCCAUCUUCGAUGAUAGCGGCUCGCUGACGCCUUGCACCAAUCUUGGGCCCUACGUCGGCGAGGCUUGUGCAGCCCGUCUGAGGUACGACGUGGCAGAACGUGUUCGCGAAGAGCUCAAGGGCCAGAACUUUUGCCUCAUCAUCGUUCGGACGAUUGCUCCCGCGGGUCUGACGGCGCAAGCGUCUAUCAUGUUCGAACUCGACCCGAACGAGCCGGCCGAUCGCCGUGUCAGCGAGCUGCUGCUGAUCCGGCUCGACCAGGCGACCGACGACAAGCUCGAGAUCAUCAAGGAGAGCCCCGAGCGGUACUGGUACUUCCUCAGACGCCUUCGACUGAUCGCCGAGCUCAGCCUGGUCCACACGCCCGAAGCCGUGACUACGCACGACAUCGAUCGCAUGGUGGGGCUGAUCAACGAGAUCUACUUGCACGGUCUCUACAGCAACUGCACCGGUUGGUGA